UUGUGGUUUUUGCCCUCGUGUCAUCGACAAGACGGAAAUAGAAAGGAUGACAGAUCUUCCGCACGAACCGGAGUUUACGAAGAUGUUUCCCGCCCUCAUGGCUCGAGAAAAGUAUGAAUGUGCGAGCGAGCGCCGGAAGGGCAUGUCCAACACUGAACUCGGAUGCUCUUCGCGAACGAUGUUUCGUGAAAUAUUUGACGAUGAAUGCCCUCCCAGAACAAUUUAAUUUUCAGUCCGAAUUUCUCCGAUUACACAGAAGGCCUAGUUGACACACUUGGUCGUGAUCGGUUGAUAUGUGGUCUCGCUGGCGCUUUGAAGAAGUAUUGAGCUCUGGAUCGGAGGAAUGGUGACAGGUCUGCAGCCUGUAUACACCACACUGUAAGAGAAGUGCGUAAACGCUGGCCGCCGGCAUGGAAGCUGAAACCUCUCGAAGCUGCCCUGAUCGAGCGUUGACGAUUCCCAAUUCGUGGCCCGAGUAUUUUCCCGAUGUGGAUUUUGCAGCCGAUGAUCGCAGGGCUUUGUUGACAGCCAACUUGAUACAGUUUUUUCAAUCUCCCAAAGGCAAACAUAUCGUAUCCCAGGUCCAUCGAGGAGGCUCCUUGUACACUCUGGCUGCAGACAUGGAGCAUCUGAAGUCGACGUGUCCCGUACAGACCUUUUUUGAUGCCAUGGAUGUUCUUCCGCGAGAGGCGCUUUCGUGUCUUGGUGCCGCUGCGUAUGAGGUGUUAUUUUGCUUUGAGAAUAGUAUCUCUUAUCCUGGGAGGAUAAAUGUCCGCCUCUUCAACUAUCCAGAAUCCAUGCUCGCGCUAAAAAAUUUGAAAGCAGCUUCUAUAGGCAAGUUCAUAUCUGUUCGAGGGACAGUGGUGAGAAUGAGUGUUGUGAAGCCAAUGGUGACACACAUGGACUUCACGUGUAUGAAAUGUCGGAAUGUUACUCCCAGACGCUUCACUGAUGGCAAGUUCUCGCCCCCAACAUCUUGUUCCACCGGAGGGUGUAAAAGCAGGAACUUCAACCCCGAGCGUGAAAGUGCAAGGACUGUAGACUUCCAAAAGAUCAGAUUACAGGAGAUUUUGCAUUCCACCGGCCAUGAAGAGGGGAGGAUACCCAGAACUGUAGAGUGUGAACUAACUGAAGAUCUGGUGGAUGCUUGCGUUCCGGCUGAUGUUGUCACGGUCUGCGGUAUUGUGAAAACUUUCAACACCGAUGCUGACGCUGGAAAGGCUAAGGGGAAGGGCGAUGGGCUCUUUUACUUGUGUAUUGAGGCUGUAUCAAUAGUAAAUUCGAAGAUAAGCAACGAUGACGGCGGAGAUAAAACCGACUCUAGUUGUUCGGCUCCUCCAAAUGCUUUAUCAUUCUCCCCUCUCGAUUUGGAGUUUGUGGCAAAGUUCGCAGAGGAGACCGGAAAAGAUCUCUUUAAAACGAUUCUGCACUCAGUUUGUCCAUCCAUCUACGGGCAUGAGCUCGUUAAAGCGGGGAUAACUUUGGCACUCUUCGGAGGAGUUCAGAGACAUCUGCAAGAUGAAAACAAGGUCCCUGUUAGAGGAGACAUCCACGUGUUGGUUGUAGGAGAUCCAGGACUGGGUAAGAGUCAGCUUCUCAAAGCUGCUGCAGCGGUGGCUGCUCGUGGAAUCUAUGUCUGCGGGAACACCACCACCACAGCAGGUCUCACAGUUGCAGUUGUCAAAGAUGCUCUGACGGGGGACUAUGUCUUUGAAGCAGGAGCGAUGGUCCUCGCUGAUCGAGGCAUGUGCUGCGUUGACGAGUUUGACAAACUGUCUGCUGACCAUCAGGCACUUCUGGAGUCUAUGGAGCAGCAAUGUGUAUCGGUUGCCAAAGCUGGGUUAGUUGCGAGUUUAGCCGCUCGCACUUCUGUCUUGGCAGCUGCGAACCCGGUGGGGGGUCGAUACAACCGAGCCAAAACAGUCAACGAGAAUCUCAAGAUGAGCGCUCCUCUUCUAUCACGUUUUGAUCUUGUUUUUAUCUUGUUGGAUAAACCCGAUGAGACCAUGGAUCAACGACUCUCUGAACAUAUUCUGGCCCUUCACGCAGGCUCAGCCAAACGACAACAUGCAGCCAAACAAGCUUUUCGAGUAAUUGGGUCUGUCCAGGGUUUGCGAGGAAAUGAUGUUUCCCUCAAGUCCAGACUAAAGCUCGACCCAAUCACAGAUAGAGACUUUGCACCUUUACCAGCUCCCCUUCUUCGUAAAUAUAUCGCCUAUGCUAAGAACUAUGUGUCUCCAAGAAUGUCUGGUGCAGCAGCCAAAGUUCUAAAAGAGUUCUAUCUUCAGUUACGAAAGAACAGUCAUGAGACGGAUGGUACCCCCAUUACGGCACGACAACUGGAAAGUCUUGUGCGAUUAGCGACUGCACGAGCUAAAGUCGAUCUUAGAGAAGAAAUUACAGAGCAGGACGCACUGGAUGUUGUGGAGAUAAUGAAAGAAUCUCUAUUCGACAAAUUCACAGAUGAACACGGUGCUUUAGACUUCGGUCGCAGUGGUGGCAUGAGCAAGCAAAAAGAAGCAAAACGUUUUUUGAGCGCUUUGCAACAGAGGGCCGAUCUUCAACAAAAUGCUGUCUUCACAAUUGCUGAACUAUACAGUCUUGCUGAUGAAAUCGAACUCAGAGUACCAGACCUCAACACUUUUAUUGACAACUUGAAUCAAGCAGGAUAUCUUCUCAAAAAAGGGACGCGAACUUAUCAGGUUCAGACCUCGUCGUAUUCUUCCGGCACACAACGGAAGUAGUCAGAAUGUAAACAUGUACAUGAAUUAGGAGAAUGCAAAAUUGAUUCUCUGACGUUAUCCUUACCAUACAGAAAGCUUGUCUACUGAAACAUGCUCUAAUUCUGAAUAAAGCUUUGUAUAUAUACAUAUGUUGCUUGAAAUUCAUCCGCAAGAGGAGCGGACAUAUUUGGUUUCAGGUGAGUCAAAAGCAUUGCGCACUUGAUGUUGUACACUAGCUAACAGAAGUAUUGCAUGGCUAUCCGUGACACCGUUGUACUUUGACUCGAAAUGUGUAUUCGGAGCUCGUUUUGAAUCUUCAACACAUCUGCUCAUGUUUGCCACUGAGGCUAAAGCAACCCAGAAAAAUGUUCCGCGUAAGGCGCUCUGAUUAGAGGUGCACAGUUUCUAUUUGGACCUCAAUUCGAGGUGGAAUUUAUAAUCAGCAUUUUGAUCCUCAAAGUCGGGAUGGUUUGUCCUCCAAAGUGAAUAUCACUUUUCCAAUGGCUUUUCUAUCCAUAACAGUUGCGAAAGCCAAAUUGGCCUGAAAA